UAGUUAUGGCAAGAGAACGUCAGUCACUCUUCGGCGCUCGCGCGGAAGAGUCUGUGUGCGUUAACUGUUAGGGAUAUCGUUACUCCUUGUAGAGUGUUAAAUAUCUCAUAGGUGUUUCUUUAUUCAUUCCCAGCGAUGUGUACGUAAUUCAUAAUUGUUGUGAUCGACGCGAUUGAAAAUAGUGACACAACGACGGCACGUUCGCAAGUAUUGCGGGAAAAAAGCCGGUAGGUGACGUCCGCGUGUGUUCUUCAUUAGAGUGUAUAUGUACACGAGUUUUCGAAAUAAAAAGAAAGAAAGGAGAAAACCAGUGAAGAUAGAAGAUUAAUAGUGAUUGGCUUUAAAAUUUCGUGUCAAAAAGAUAGUUAGAAGAAGAAGAAGAAGAAGAAGUAAAAGGAAAUAGAAAAAGAAAGAAAAGAAUAAUAGACAAAAGAGACAAAAGAGAAUCGAUAAAGAGUUGAAAAAAUUAGAACGUAACGAACAAACACAAGUGAAGAAGAAAAGAUAAAAAGAAAAAACCGAAUGAAUCGAACGAAUAUCGGAUCGUGACUCAUGCCGGCUUUGACGUUUCGUCUUUCGUGAUUGUAAGAUUUCUUGUUGUCACGUUCCACGUAUGAUGGAUGCUGUCGCGCGUGUUUUGUGUACGCGACGCUAUCAAGAACAGACAGAUCGUCGAUCUGCACAAGCAACGGCUUUGCAGUGAGUUUCUUUGUCUCUAAAGAUCGUGUAGUGUGUCGCGUGCUGCUUUCUUUUUAGCGAUUAUACCAGCGUUCUAACAGCAAUAAAACGCCGGUUGUGCGAUCAGAUAUUCUUCUUUUAAUAUGAGCCAGUAGGGUGCGUUGUAUAUGUGCGAGCGCGGAAAAAGGAAGCAGUUAGCCAGUCUUUCUCUCAACGACUAGUGGUUGCUUGUAAACCUUUUUUCUCACUCCAUAUCGGUUUGUCGGUCAUCCUACUACAGUGACGUCGUUGUAACCAUCGUCGGCGCUUCUUCGAUGAUAAGCACGUGUGCGUGUCACAACUUGCUACGUGUACGUGCGUGCGUUAGAGUUACGAGCUGCGCAUCGGCGCAUCGGUGUAAUUAGUGAGUCGUAGUCGGGCUACGUUAUUAUCUAAGUCCUCGUUUACGAAUAUAACAGCAUAGAGUUUUGUUGUUUGUUUAUUUGCUUGUUGGUUUAAUUUGGUUCGAAAAAAUCAGUUUUUUAUUUUGUGCUGAAACUAGUUACGAACGGAUCACCGGCGUAACCAUGGAUAUCCUGCCGAGUGGAAACAUAUUUAGGGAAUUGCAAGAUAUACAUGAUACCGGAUAUUUUUCGGCCCAGCCAUCGCUCGAGGAUCAUUGGCAACAGACAUGCUACGAGAUGGAGAGGUACCUGAAGGACGAACCGAAACUGCAGUCGUACAAAAAGUUGCCCACAGAGUUAGAUACAGCACCCUGGAAUCUCUUCAGGCCUCCUAUUUCGUGGACAGCGACCACUGGCACCGCCAACGCACAAUUCGAAUCACCAAUCAAAAUGGAGGUGACGACGUCGUCGGAAGACAGAGAAACGCUCUGCUUGGACGAUAUUAAGUUCAGUCCUGGUGAUCACAACCACAAUGGCCGUGAUAGGGAUCUUCUGGACCGGCACCUCGAUUCCUUGUCGAUGUCGUCAUCGAGUUCGGCGUGUUCUUGGGAUAGUUCGCCUUCCGUUUCGUGCACGGCGUUCAUUCUCAAGAAAGAGCCCAGCGAGGACCUCGAAGAGGACGAGGAGCACGAGGAAAUCGAGGAGGAAGAGGACAGCGGAUGCGAAAGCGAAGGUCAAAUCCUGACACCACCAUCGAGUCCGGGCUCGGGUCAAGGUCAUUCCAACUCCAGUCACUCGUCGAGCGGGAGUUCUAUGCUCGAUGUACAGAACCUCAACCUUCAUGGGACGGGUGGCAGGAGCGCUAUCGUCAGGGUUACCACUAGCAACGCACAGGGUGUCGCAAGACUGAUCUCCGUCACAGCGAAUGGCUACCCCGCGGUUGCAGGCACGCAACAUGCACAUGCAGGGACAACUGCGGCUGCGAGCACCGUGGCUAAUAGGCACCAUGCGAGGAGCCACGAGCACAGUCCGCCUGAUACGAAGCGCAGGAUACACAAAUGCCAAUUUCCGGGUUGCAAGAAGGUAUACACCAAGAGCUCACAUCUGAAAGCUCAUCAGAGGACGCACACAGGAGAGAAGCCGUACAAGUGCAGUUAGGGUUGCGAGUGGCGAUUCGCGCGUUCCGAUGAGUUAACACGCCACUACCGCAAGCACACUGGGGCGAAGCCGUUCAAGUGUCGGCACUGCGACCGAUGCUUCUCUCGCAGCGAUCACCUAGCCCUCCAUAUGAAGAGACACGUGUAAUCGAUCGUCACUGCGGACGGUCCUCAACAAACGGAACAGUCCAGGACCGGCAGGCGAACCUCCUUCCUUCUCGAAGAUUCUCGAGGUCGUCAUGCAAACACACGACCCCCUCGUGAUCGCGUUUCUUCCAUAUACACCUGACGAUCCACAUCGAAUUCGAUCAUCGACGACGUAGCCACCACCAUUGGCCCCAUCUUGUUGGAGUAAUAUGAUCGCGAGAUAUAGAGAUAUAUACACUUAUAUACGUAUAUAUAUAUAUAUAUAUAUCUAUAUAUCCUUAUGGAUUUAAUAUUAAUAAGAGGGGAAUCGAUGAUGGGCGAGAUGAUCGAUGAGGAAUGGCCAUUUUUUGUUAGUGGUCGUUCUCUGGAAAUAGGAAAGUCGAUCGAUAAAUAAACGAAACGAAUCGAUAUUCAUCCGUCGUUGUGAAGGACGAAUGUCUAAGACAGAUCGAUGGUUGCAAUUGGAAAUUGCAAUUGAAAUAAAGGAAACGUAUUCUCCCUUCUUUCUCUCUUCGAGGCAAUUCCUGAAAAAAUGUUAACGAGACUGAAAGAAUAUCAGAUGACACAUUCUGUAACGAUACAUGGCUGGCAAUGGAAACAAUAAAUGGUAAUUAGACGAGGAUCAGACUGAUGGUACGAUUGAUGUAAUUAGAAAUCUCUUGGACAAGAAGGGCAACGAAUCUUGUCCGAGAUGUUAAUCACUGCCAAUUCAUUAAAUUCUAAGAUCAGUGCAUAUAAUAUCGGAGAACACUCGACGAACGCUGCCUCGAAGCUGGGAAAGAAAUCGAACGAGAAAAAUCGUCCAACGAUGACGGUGUAUACAACUCACGUGAAUUCUUAUAAAGUCGUCUGCCUCCUGUGAAACGGUCGAAUUUUCGGAAACCGAUUCGAAAAGAAAAGACGAAGCGAGGAGAAAAAAAAAAUAACGAAAUUAACGAAAAUAAAAGGAAAAAAAGAAAUCGAAGGAAGCAAAGAAAAAAAAAAUAUAAAAUUACACUUAUUGAUUCGAGAAACACCGAUUUAGCGAUGUUUCAAAGGCGUCGAUUCGAAAGUCGAGGAAACCCGGUUCGAGAGGACAAUAAUAUUGCUGUCUAUCGGUGCCAAAACGUUAUUUCCUUUCUUCUCCUUUUAAUUUUUCCUUUCCAUUCUUUCUUACGAACAUUUAUCACACGCAUUAAUCUUCUCCCUUCCUAGUAUCCCUGAAAAUGGGGGCCACGAGAGAAAAAGCUGAUUCUAAUGGGUAAGAAACGUACGCGACGCUUUUGAGCCUCGAAUCCUAUACGAGCAAUAAUCGAAUGUAUUCGCGCGCCGGUAGAACGGUGUCACACAGGACGUGUGUGUGUGUGCGCGCGCGUGUGUGCCUAUUGUAAAGGGCGGUGGACGAGGGCACACGACGAGGACGAGCCGAUGUAAUUGAAUACGUGAUUUCGGCCAGUUUCGACGGAGGCAAACUUUACCCGUGCCGCGGCGCUAAUCCCGAAUUUACAGUGCGAAUUAUAUCGCGAGGCCGCCUCCAUUCGACUCGCACGAUUCGCCGCCCUUUUGCCCUUUUCCAUCGUAACAUCGUUUUCCAUCAUUUCCCGCGAAUAAACAAGAAGGGGAUUCCUUUUCAAUACCGAGAAUUCGACCGUUUUACCGAUCGAUAAAUAAUUCACGAAUGAUUUUUAAGGAAGAAAGAGAAGAUCGCUUAUAUUACAUAGUAAAAAAAAAAAAAAAAAAAAAAAAAAAAAACGGAACCUUGGUAGGAACAAGGAGUCGAGAAUUACCUUUUUUCCUUAAAAAAUAAUUCGACCGAACACGGGGCUUCUUUCGUAGUAACGCGCGUAAUAUGGUUUCUAAUGAAAAUAAGGGGAAUAAGAAUAAUAAAAAAAAUAAAUAAAUAAGAUAUAUACGGGAAUCUGACUUUGUACUUUUGUACGAUUGCUUUCUAGGUAACGUUCUCAUCUUUGUUUCACGCGUGACUGCGCGCCGCAGGGGCGGGAGUGGUGAGAUUGUCCCGACGCGGCGGGCAAGAUUCUAUGUCGGAGGCUCAACAGAAAUAAAUAAUAUAUAUAUAUUUUUUAAUAUUCUCGUCUUACUUACCAAAACAAUAUAUUAUUAUACAUAAGGGAUUAUACAAAGUAUAAAACGGGCAACAUUCCGCACAAAGCUCUAGAACCGUUUCCACGCGUCGACCCGUCGGGCACGCCACUCCCUCUUAUACGCGCGCAAAACCAUGGACGGCAGACGACCACCAAUCGUUCACGACUAUUAUUAUACAUUGUGAGUGUGUGAGUGUGUGGUGUGCCUCUUGGGAACGCAACGAACUUCCGGUCGACGUGCAUCGUUGUCUCGCUAAUCAUCGAUUAUCCAACCGAGGACAAGCCUGAACCGAAAUCACGUAGGGAAAUAACAAUGAAGGGAUAAAUUAAAUGAGAAAGAAAUAAGAGAAAUAAAGGGAAAAAACGAAAAAAAAAGGAGAAGAGCAAAUUAGAGGAAUGCGUUAAAUGAAAAUGAAGUGUCAACGAGGAAAGAGAGAAACGAGAGAUAAUGGUUAAAUCUGGAUAAUAUAAUACGUUAUGUAUCCAUGGACUGAAACGAAUUGAAGGAUCGUAGAUCGCUCGUCGAACGAAAAUGGUGAACAAAAAAUAAAUAGAGUAGUAAAAACAGAGAAAAUUAAAAAAAGAUAAAUAGAAUAAUAACGUAAUAUUAAUUACGAUUAAAUUACAAAAGGAUAAGAGAAGCAGAACAAAUGGGAGGAAAGGAGUUUUACUGUUUAAGAAGACUAAUCUUUACCUGAGGGCGCGGGAACGGCCUGCAAGAACAGCCGAGUUGCGGGCGAAACACGAAGAUUUGAAGGAUAAAGAUGGGGGGAAAAAGGAAGGAAGGAAAAGAAAAAAAAAGAAACUAAAUUUUAAAUGUUCAGUGGCCAAAUAAAUUAACUGAUAACGCACGUAGAACGUAAAGAUAAACCGUACCUACCAAGUAAGCCUGACUGACAUGAAACCGUCGACGCGGUUUGCGCGCGUGUAGCUGCGUGUGAAUGUGUGCGUGUUAAUUCAAUGUCUGUGGCACCUGUGUAAUUUUUUUCUUCUUUUUCUCUAUAUAAUGUUUCUUUUCAUUAUCUCUUUUAUUUGCGUAAAUUUUGCAUAAGUGCAGAUCGAAGUGUAUGGAUGAUCUUAUGUAUUCCUUUUCCCCGCGAGACAAAAAUGCGUUCCACAAAAUUGAUUUUUAAGGAUCGAUCGUAAUAAAAGAAGUUAGGAUGGGUCAAGGUUUUUGAAAAGAAUAUACGUACAUAAAUAGGUGGAAAGGAAGAGAAAGAGAAAGACAGAGAUAGAGAAAGAGAAUAAGAUAACGAAUCUAGCACCGGGAAGAAAGCAAAAGAAAAAGAGAAAAAGUAUGCGUGUAAGGGAGAGAGAAAGAGAGAGAAGAGAGAGAGAGAGAGAGAGAAGCGAGAAGAGAGAGAGGAGAGAGAGAAGAGAGCGAGAGAGCGAGAACAGAACACUAAGUUGUAUAUUGUGCAAUUUUUGUCAGUGUUUCAUUAUUUGUUACCAUGUUCACGGAUAAUUAUAAAUAAAGUAAAUAUAUAUAUGCAGCAUUUACAAGGACUUAGGAUAACGAAGAUAAACGAGAAGCCAGAUGUCUUUUUGAUAGCCAUAUACUGCGAGGUAUCGUGCGGCGCCCCAAAAAACAAAGGACGCCCCCGACCGCUCUUUUUUCUCGACAAACUUUUUUCUUUUCUUUGUAAAUGGUAGGCGAAAACGAUAAGAACGAGGAUACGAAAAAAAAAAAAAAAGAAGAAAAAAAAAACGGUGCUCGUUAUACGAUUUCAUACGACGCUCUUCUCUCGUUAAACGACAAAAUUGAAAACUGUCGUUGCGCGAAUCCCCGGCGACCAAAAACGAGCCCGCGUUUCGUUUCGCUCGAUUGUCCCGUUCCUCGAGAAAUCUUGGAGCUACUAUUAUGCGAUCUUUUCUCUCUUCGUGACUGCUUUCGUACGUAUUUUCGUGUGUACAUCCGAAUGGACCGAUCGACGAGGAACCGAUCGAAAACGAAUUGAUCAUGAAGAGUAGAGGAGGGGAAAGUGAGAAAUGUGGGGAAAGGAUAGGAACAAUCGAGUUGCAAAUGAUCGAUCCUCGCAAUCGCGAUAAACGUUUCGCGCGUUUCCAUCCCGGCGACCAACGAAACACUGUAGAUAUAAUACACGUACAUUAAAUACUAGAUACGUAAAAGCGAACGAUCGUGAAGAAAGAAAGGGGGUGCAAAGUUUUUCCGCGUUGUUUUAUUAAAUUUGAGUGAAAGAGUUGAAAAAAGUCGAGAGAUACAUGGAAAUAUCUGUCGACUCGUGUUGGAGACGAACGAUGCACGAGUGUAAUUGCAAAGGGAGAAGAGAGAAAAUAUGAACGAUAAGAUAGAGAGGCAGGAAAAGUGGGUAUUGUAAGGGAGAAAAAAAAAAACUAAUAAAUGGUAGUUAGAAGUUUAGAUAGAUAGAUGGAUAGCUAGACUGUUAGAUAGACAUCUUAGAUAGGCAGAUAAAUAGAUCGACGAAGAGAGGAAAGGUGAAGAUGAGAAGAAGAAUGAAGGAUCGUGUGGGGUGACUGGGGAUGGGGGAUUUAAAAGAGUUAUUAUAUAUAAAUAAAAAAAAAGUUUAUAAAUAUAGAUAGGUGGAUAUACAUAGAUAGAAAUGUAAGUACCUAAGAGAAACUCUAAGGAAUCUUCUAGAAGAUGCUGUAACGUUAUACCAGGUAUGAUAAGUGGAUAUAAGUGUUUUAUGAUACUCGCGUACAAUAAGAUCGAGACGAACAGUGUAGGGGAGUAAUAGUGGUACAAGAGCAUAAGGAGAUCAUGAAACAGAAGGAUACUACGAGCAUGAACGUAAAGCGUAUAUGAGUAUUAUCAAGCAGUUCACGAGGAAUAAGAGAGAAAAAUGAGAAAGAAGAAACACAGACAAACGCGGCACGAUUUGUAAUUGUAUUAAUUGUGUCUAAGAUAUUUUCGGUCAUGUAUAAUAACUCUGUGUAUUGCAGGACUAUUAAGUGAAAAGAAGAUGAUUGUGAGUGACAAGAAGCUAGUGUGAAUGAAUGAAUGUUGAAGGAAAAAAUUGAAUGAAAAACGAGAUUGAUGAGAAAUAGACGGAAUCAAAGAAUGUAAAAUACGAAAAUACGAAACAACGUGAAUAAAAAUGAAUGAAGUCUGUUUUGAAUAAAAAAACGGAUGAAAAUAGAGAGAGUUUGAAGAUAGUUCGUUUGUUUAAAUUCGAUCAACGAAAAAAAAAAAAGAUAUCUUAAAAGAGGAGAAGCAUUAAAAAAUGGGGCAUAUGAAAAAAAGGUGCACUAAAAAAUGAACUGAUUAAAAAAUUAACAUUAUUUUUAGGAAAUUACAUCUUUAGAAGAGAUUUAAAUAAAUAGUGAAGGGGUAAGAUGGUUAGGUUAAGUGCUAAGAAUACUUUGGUUUCGCGCGGUGAAACUCUUCUGUGUUAGUAUACGAAUGAGAGAGAGAGAGAGAGAGAGAGAGAGAGAGAGAGAGAGAGAGAGAGAGAGAGAGAGAGAGAA